CUCUCUCUCUCUCUCUCUCUCUCUCUCUCUCUCUCUCAUCUCCACAAAACACAAAAGCAACAAGCCACUCCAAAUCUCCAAUAACAAACCUUGAAAGCUCCAACCAUGGGGUUCCCAGCAGGCUACACAGAGCUUCUGCUCCCCAAGCUCUUCCUCAGCACACUUUCCCUUCUUGAUUUCAUCCGUAAGCUCAUCACCACCCUCUUCUCGUUACUGGGUCUCCAAGAUUUCAUCGAACCCGACAAUGCCUGGUCCGACCCGCCCCACCUGACCCGGAUCCCCGAAUUCCAGUCCGUCUCCGCCUUGCUGAUCCGCGAACUCCUCCCCGUCGUCAAGUUCUCGGACCUGGUCGACCCGCCCGAGUCCUGCGCCGUCUGCCUCUACGAGUUCGAGGCCGACGACGACGUACGACGCUUGACCAACUGUCGUCACAUCUUCCACAAAGGCUGCGUGGACCGGUGGGUCGGCUACGAGCAGAAGACGUGCCCGCUUUGCCGGACGCCGUUCAUACCGGAAGAUAUGCAGGGGGCUUUCAACGAGAGGCUUUGGGAGGCUUCCGGCAUCCCUGAUUUUUACGGCGACUUUCCACAUGCUAUUGGUUAUGACUUGUAGCACUAAGAUUUGAGGUUUUCUUUUUUUACUUUUUCUCUUUUUUAGAAAAAAAGGGAUUUCCGAGUCUAUGAGAUUCAGAGAAAGACGGGAAUCGAACUCUUGAUAAUCUCAGCUUCCGGUAGAAAUGUGAGGAUAUGAAUGUGGGGUUCAGAGAGGGCUAGAAGAUGAAAUUAUUUGUAAAUAGGGUUUAGGACAAAGAACAAAAGAGAAGGGAAAUCAUAAUUGAACCCAAGUGAGAUGAUUAUGUACAGUUUGCUUUUUCAUUUUUUGGGGAAAUGAAAAUUUUACGGUUUAUACACAAUGUUCUUUCA